AUGGCUGCCAGCAAAGUUGUUAAGUUGAAUCAGAAAAAAUCGGAGAAACAUGGCAAGAAGAAAGGUGGGAAGUGUGGCAAGGGUGCAAAGAAGGUGAAAGCGCGCCCCUGUCCUGUGGCGCAGCGGCCCACCAUAGCUCGCUGUCCUUUUUCCCUGUCUCGGAAAUUGCAUUCCAAGUUCGCAGCCAUGUUGCAGAUCCUGGUAUGCGCUGGCUUGCCAUUUUCAUUGCUGGCGAUGAUCGACAAGACAAUGGAGCACAUGGGUAGCCCUGAUUUCGACCUAUCCUGUGUGGAGCUCUUUGCCGGAGUGAAGACUGUGGCACGUGGCUUCCAGUACUAUGGGUUUUCCGCUGCGACCUAUGAGAUUGCUGACGAUGGCAUCUACCAGGACAUCUUGAAUCCCUUGGGGUUCUGUUUCGCCCUCUCCCUGUGCAUCCGCCUCUUUAAAGAGGCCGGAUUAGCAUGGUUUGCACCGGUUUGUUCCAGCUGGGUUUGGAUCAAUCGGCAUACCUCUGGGAGAUCGCAGGAGAGGCCAUUGGGAUAUCAGCAGUGUUCAGCAGUGCAGCUGGCGAUGAAUGUCAUGGUGGGCAGAUGCAUGGCUUGCCUCACCAUGAUGUGCGCCCUUGGAUUACCAUUUAUUUUGGAGCAGCCAAGUACAAGCGUGAUGGAAUAUCACCCAUGUUUCCAAUUCCUGGCUCGGCAAUUCCGGAUUUACAAAGCAUUUGUGUGGAUGGGAAGCUAUGGUGGAGACAGUCCCAAGGGAACAUGGCUUUACAGCAACGUGGAGGCUUUGAUCAAAGAUCUUUACCUGCCUCUUUGUGACAAAAAAUGGGGAGCAAAGAUGGUUCGCAGGCUUGUUGCUUUGAACACAUGA